AUGUCUGUAAAAAAAAGAUCUGCAACCAAUAACAUUAAGAUCGUUAAGAAUGGUACCACUCUAUCUGGUAAAGAUCUCGCCCAAUCACUUAACACCUAUUUCUUAAGCGUGAGUAAUGACCUUCCACCACUGAAUCCUCUCCUGCUACCUGCCUUUCUCCCUGCACCUAGGCCUGUGCCAAAAAUUUUCCCUGACGAAGUUUGCACUAAGAUGCUCAAUACAAAAGUUUUCAAAUCCAGCGGUCCUGACAAUAUUCCUAACCGGAUUAUUAAGAAUUUUUGUCCACUGGUGAAUUCCCUAACAUAUGGAAAGAUGCGUUAAUUACACCAAUUCCUAAAGCGCGAUCCGUAUCCUGUGAAGAGGGGUUGCGCCCAAUCUCCCUUACAGCCUCUUUGUCCAAAAUUCGUGAGGACUUUGUGGUCAAUUGGAUGGUGGAUGACGUGAAACAUAAAAUCAACCCGCAACAAUUUGGUUGCCUUAAAGGAACCUCUACAACGUUUUUCUUGAUCGAUAUGAUCAACAAUUGGCUAAGAUCAUUGGAUGAUAAAUCGAGCUAUCUGCGGAUCGUUUUCCUCAAUUUUAGUAAAGCCUUCGACCGCAUCGACCAUAAUAUCCUGGUCCCAAAGUUGCUGGCCCUUGGCGUCAGAUUGUCGCUUAUUCCAUGGAUAUGCAGCUUUCUCUCAAAUCUUCGCCGUCAAUCGCUUCAUCAAGCUUCGCCGUCAAUCGGUAAAGAUCGACAAUUUCCAAUCUGAUUGGGGCAUCAAAAACGCAGGUGUUUGUCAAGGAACUAAGUUGGGCCCUAUUUUAUUCAUAAUUAUGAUCAACGAUCUUGAACUGGCAUCCUCUAGCACUGACCAUUGGAAAUACGUGGAUGACGUAACAAUAUCGGAGUCCUUAAAGAAAAAUAAAGUUUCAGUCCUACAAUCUGAUCUUAACACAAUUGAAAGAUGGAUUGUUAAUAACAAACAUGAAAUUGAACGGAAAGAAAUGCAAAGAAAUGAUAGUGAGUUUCGUUUGUAG